AUGCCGCCGUCGUCUUCGUAUUUGCCUCCGGUGAUGAAAGACGGAGAAUAUGGAAAAUGGGCGGAGCUUCCGCCGGAUUUGACGUCGUCGAUACUGCAACGGCUUGGCACGGUUGAUAUACUGGAAAACGCUCAGAAAGUGUGCAGAUCGUGGCGUCGCGUCUGUAAAGACCCUUCCAUGUGGAGGAAAAUUGACAUGCUCAACCCCGGAGACUUGGGAAGCAUGCCGUACGACCUCGAGGUCAUGUGUCGUCACGCCGUUGAUCGCAGCCAAGGCGGCUUGCUUGAGAUCGACAUUUGGUACUUCGGUACCGACGAGCUCCUCAAUUACAUCGCCGACAGGUCGAGUAAUCUAAAAACCCUGAGACUUAUCAUGUGCUAUCCAAUAGCAGACGAAGGAUUUAUUGAAGCAGUUGCAAAACUUCCAUUGAUUGAAUACCUCGAGCUUUCACACUGCGCAAUGUCAGGAGCGGCUCUGAGAGUUGUAGGCCAGACUUGUCCGAAUCUGAAGACGUUGAAGCUAAGCGGCGAACCUAACCCCGACUUUAACGAGGAUGACCUAAAUAACGAUGAUGCUCUAGCAAUUGCAGAAACCAUGCCCGGACUACGCCACCUCCAGGUUUUUGGGAACUUUCUAACCGACACGGGCUUGACCGCCAUUCUCGACGGUUGUCCUCACCUUGAACACCUCGAUCUACGCAAGUGUUUCAACGUCAACUUCUCCGGGGAGCUGGCGAAGCGAUGUGUUGAGAAGAUUAAAGUUGUGAAACGCCCCAAUGACUCAACCGCUGGUCACCCUUAUGGUAACGAUUGGUUCCAUGAACUCAAUGCCAAAUAUACUUACGGUGACACGGAGUCACGGACUAUGAUUUCGGUAACACCUACUAUGAUUUCGGUGACGCCGACGACUAUGAUUGGUACUAGGUGUUGA